AUGGAUGCCGAAGGUAAAAAAGUGAUUGUGUGCGAUAAUGGCACUGGUUUUAUUAAAUGUGGUUACUGUACGUCGAAUUUUCCUGAUUAUGUAUUUCCAUGUAUGGUCGGACGACCAUUGAUUCGUUCUCGUGCUAAAGUAAAUAAUAUUGAAGUUCAAGAUAUUAUGGUUUGUGAUGAAGCACAAAAAGUACGACAAAUGCUUGAAAUAAAUUAUCCUGUUGAAAAUGGUAUUGUAACGAAUUGGGAGGAUAUGAAACAUAUCUAUAGAUAUCUGUUUGGUUCAAAGAAAAUGAAUAUUAAUCCUAAUGAAUCGAAAAUUCUCUUAACAGAAGCACCGCUUAAUCCAAUAAAGAAUCGUGCUAAAAUGUUAGAAGUUAUGCUUGAUGAAUUUCAAUUUCAUGAAUGUUCAUUAGCUUAUCAAGCUAUAUUAACAUUAUAUGCGCAAGGAAUUUUAACAGGUGUUGUUGUUGACAUUGGUGAUGGUGUUACACAUGUUUGUACUGUUAUUGAUGGAUAUUGUUUACAAAAUUCUAUUGCAAGACUUAAUAUAGCUGGAAGAGACAUAACAAGAUAUUUAAUUCGUUUAUUACUUCUUCGUGGGUAUGCAUUCAAUCAAACAGCUGAUUUUGAUACGGUUCAACAAAUAAAAGAAAAACUCUGCUAUGUUGCUCAUGAUCUUGAUGAAGAACGACGAUUAGCCUUAGAUACUACCGUUUUAGUUGAAAGUUAUACAUUACCGGAUGGUCGAACAAUAAAAUUGUCUGGUGAACGUUUUGAAGCACCUGAAGUUCUUUUUCGCCCAUCAUUGUUAGGCAUGGAAGUGAACGGUGUUGCUGAACAAGUCUUUAAAGUUAUUAAUAAUGCACCAUUAGAUGAUCGACGUACACUUUACAAACGAAUUGUGCUCAGCGGUGGUACGACAAUGUAUCCUGGAUUUGGAACACGUCUUGAAAGAGAAUUAGAAAAACUUUAUGAAGAUCGUAUUCUAAAAGGACAACCUGAUAAAUCAUCGAAAAAUGUCAUUUGUAUCGAAGCUCCACCACGUCGUAAAAAUAUGGUCUUUUUAGGUGGUGCUGUAUACGCUAAUUUAGUUAAAGAUACACCAACUCAAUGGAUAUCACGACGUGACUUUAAUGAACAGGGUAUUGACAGAUGUGUACAACGGUUAAAUCAAAUAUGUCCACGAUAA